AAGCGCGCGCCUCCCGGCGCCGCGCCCCGUGCCCCCCUCCGCUGGGGCCCGCGGCCCGCCGCAGCCCCGGAAGCCAUCGCUGCCCGGUGGGCUCGCGGCUCGAGGAGGGCAGCGAGCGCGCGGAGCGCGCCAGGGGCGGCGCCAGAGGGCGACGGCACCCGCCGGCCGCGGUGCGUCGUGCAGAAGCCACGGCGGCCCGGCUGAAGCCAACGCCGCGGCCGGUGCCGCGGCUUCGGGAGGCCGCCGCCGCAGCAGAGCGGGCGCCCGGGGCCGCACGGCGGCGGCACGCCGCGCGCCAUGGAGGACGCCACGGAGGUGCAGGUCGGCUCCGACGCCGCUUGCACCGGCCACUCCCGCGCGGAGAAGCAGGCGUGGACGCAGCUGCUGCGGCCGCGCACGCCCGCCCGGGUGGACGUGCCCUUCCCGGAGCUGCCCUCCGACGCCGACACGGAGAUCCCGUCCUGGCGCACCGGUCUCCACAGCGACUGGCGCCUGAGGCUGGGGCCCACCGAGUACCGCAUCCACAAGGUGCUCACCGGCCACGGCCCCAGGGCCUCGGCCUUCCUCUGCAGCGCCUUCACCACGGGGCAGCAGCUGGCCGCGGGGGGCGCCGCCUGCAGCGGCGGCUCCUCCGGCAGCAGCGAGACGGACCUGUCCAACAUAUUGCCGGAGCAGGUCUGGCCCUUCUUUGGCGAGGUUCUGGACUAUGUCUACACCGAGGACCUGAGCCUCUCGGACGAGAACGCGGUGCCGCUGCUGCGCUGCGCGGACGCGCUGCAGAUCAAGUCUCUGUUCCUGGCCGCGCAGGUUGGCAUCAACGAGCUCCUCUCGGUGUCGUCAGCUCCUCGGAUCCUCGCGGACGCCGCCGUGCUGCUGGGCGGUGCGCUCGCCGACCAGAUCCAGCGGGCCUCGCAGGACGUCGUCGCGGAGCACUUCGACGCCUACCCGCCGGAGGACCUGCAGCGGAUUCCGACGUGCCAGCUCGUGCAGAUCUUGAAGCGGGAUGACCUGAGCGUGAUACACGAGAACGAAGUCUUCGACCGCGUCCUGGAGCUGGUGGGACACAUGGAGGCACAUGGGCGAGCCGCAGAGGUGGCCCAGGUGUGGCAGGCGGUGCGCUUCGGGGCCCUGUCCAACAGCUGCGUGGUCAGGGCGGCCCAGGUGGAGGCGGUGCCGAAUAUGGCGCUGAUAUGGGCAAAGGUCCUCCACCGCAAGUCCGCCACCCAGUCCGCGCCAGACGGCUGGCCUGUCGGACCUGCCAGGCCUCGCAAGCCGUUCAAGGAUAUGGUCUGCGCCGUCAUGUACUCCGUGGACACUGACGCCAGGAACGACCAGGACGUGGAGAGGAACAUCACCGCCGCCACCCUGGUGGCCGAGGAGAUCGAGUUCUUGGGCGGGCGGGCGAUCCUCGAGAACAUCUUCGCGAGAUCCCCGUCCUCAAUUGCUGGCCCCCUCGGCACCACCGACUCCAGCAUCAUCAACAUAGACCAGAUCGACGUGGCCUUCGUGCUGGCGCCCUGGACGCCGGAGCUGAAGAGGAUUUCCACGCUGAUCAACUUCGCGGACCAGGGCGGCGGGGUCGUGCUGCUGUCCUUCAUCGGGGGCCUCAGCAAGGGAAGCUGGCUCGAGCAGCAGUACGAGCCCCUCAUUACGGGCAAGGUGGCCGGCGACACUCCGUACGAGGAUGUGUACCUGGCGACACCAGCUUCAGGAGUCGACGACCCGAUGAAGCGCAGUCAGGACACCGUGACACCGCCACGGAUCCUCUGCGGAGUGGACUCCAUCAACGGCAGACGGCGCAUAACCUCGAGGCUGGUGGACGGGGCCAAGGUGCUGGCGAAGUGGAGCGAUGGCCAGCCCCUAGUGGUGCAGCACCCCAAGCUGAACAUCUUCUCGGUGUCUCAGCGCGUGAGCCGCAUCUUCGAGCUCGACGACGAGCUGGGCCACGACGACACCCUGCAGCUGGUGCUCAACGUGAUGGUCGAAGCGGGCAAGGAGGCGAGGCGCGUCCGCGGCCCGAAGGCUCCGCUCGUGGGCAGCAUCGGGGACCUCGUCAAUGGCACCUUCUCCCUCGGCGUCACCGAUGGCAGCAGGGAGGCAAGCCUGCAAGGCGUCGCGGCUGGCGGAGUUAACGUCUCCCUCUGAGCGCGCGGGCGCGGCCUGUGCCACCAAGUUGCCACAGAACGCCCUGGGGCGGUGGCGCGUGCAGACCUCCUCUCUCCUUGCCGCCCCUGAGCCUGCCAGCCUGCCUCCCCCCUCCGCACUUGCUCGUCCCUUCC